CCUCGAGCACGGCCGGAACUGAGGCUGGGCUCCGGGCGGCCGGCAGGCGGGGGGCCACGUCAGCGGGGCGGCGGGGGCGGCGGAGAGCAGGUCGCGGAGGACGCCAUGCGGCGGGGCGCACUUCUGGCGGGCGCCCUGGCCGCGUACGCCGUCUACCUGGUGCUGGGCGCGCUGCUGGUGGCGCGGCUGGAGCGGCCGCACGAAGCUCGCCUCCGGGCCGAGCUGGAGACGCUGCGCGAGGAGCUGCUGCGGCGCAGCCCGUGCGUGGCCGCCCCCGCCCUGGACGCCUUCGUGGAGCGGGUGCUGGCGGCCGGACGGCUGGGGCGCGCCGCGCUCGCCAACGCUUCGGGGCCCGCCAACGCCUCGGACCCCGCCUGGGACUUUGCCUCGGCGCUCUUCUUCGCCAGCACGCUGGUCACCACCGUGGGCUACGGGUACACAACUCCGCUGACUGAUGCAGGCAAGGCCUUUUCCAUUGCCUUCGCACUCCUGGGCGUGCCGGCCACCAUGCUGCUGCUGACCUCCUUGGCCCAGCGCCUGUCGCUGCUGCUGACCCGCGCGCCCGUCUCCUGGCUGACCGUGCGCUGGGGCUGGGACCUCCGGCGGGCGGCUCGCUGGCACCUGGUGGCCCUGCUGGGCGGCGUCGUGACCGUCUGCUUCCUGGUGCCGGCUGCUGUCUUUGCCCACCUGGAGGAGGCCUGGAGCUUCCUGGAUGCCUUCUACUUCUGCUUCAUCUCCCUGUCCACCAUCGGCCUGGGGGACUAUGUGCCCGGAGAGGCCCCCGGUCAGCCCUACCGGGCCCUCUACAAGGUGCUGGUCACAGCCUACCUCUUCCUGGGCCUGGUUGUCAUGAUGCUCGUGCUGCAGAGUUUCCGCUGUGUGUCUGACCUUCACGGCCUCACGGAGCUCAUCCUGUUGCCCAGUCCGUGUCCUGCCAGCGUCAGCGAGGCUGACGAUGAUCGGGUGGACAUUGUGGGCCCCCAGCCAGAACCGCACCAGCAGCUCGCCGCCGACUCCCACCCUGACUACGCCUCCAUCCCCAGGUAGCUGGGGCGGGUGCCCUGAGGCCGGCGGGAGCUGGCCUGCGGCUGAGGGGCCCCCGGUGACUGGAGCUGCUAUCCUGGACUGUCCUCGAGCACAGGCCCGUGUUCGCGGGGUCCACGGGGUUCGCGAGCCAUUGCCACCAGCUGUCCGUCCUUUGUUGUACCUGUCCCACGCCCCACGGGGCACCACCACUGCCCUGUUCUUCUCCCUCAUGCCCCUUCUCUCACUCCCCCCACUCUGGGCUCUCUGGCUUUCCCUCUCGCUCUCUGCGUCUCGUUCUUUCACUGACUCCAUCUGCCUCUCCCUCAGCCUCUCUUCACCAGCCCAUUCUAGCAGGCUCUGGGCUCAGAGCUCAUUUCUGGCACCCGGAAAUGGGUCACCAUACUUUGGGCAAGUGGCUGCCCCUGACCGGGCUUUGAUCUCCUCAUCUGUCAAGUGGAAAGAAUAUACUCACGCAUCCCAAAUUCCCUCCUUGCGCCGGCCCCAGGCUGGGCAGCGUGAGGGACACAGUGGUGGUUGAGGUGGCCCUGGGCCCGGCUCUCUUGGGUUCCCGGUCCAUCGAGGAGGACAGACCUGUCCCCACCCAGCAGCAGCCCAGGAUAGGCAGCACUUCAGGGAAGGAGGCAGAGAGGUCAGUGGUGUGUUCGAGAAAGCACAGGCAGAGGGGGCAGGGCUGAGGUGGAGGCGGCACAAGGGCUGUGCCCAGUCCAGCCUGCAAGGUCAGGGAGGGCAUCCUGGAAGAAGGGGUAACAACUCAGGGGAAGAAGGUGGACCUGACUUUUCUCAAGUGUCUCUAGGGAGCGAGAUCUGCAUGGAGAGCCCCGGUUGUAGGCCUGUGGGACAGAACCCUCUGCAGCAGCCUGGCAGGCAGGAAGCUGAGACAGGACCCAGCCUGGAUCCGGAUGGCACGGACGGCCCUGCCCUGAGCCGGGACACCAGUGUAACAGCUGUCCUUAUUUCCUGAGGACUAAUUGCAUAAGGUACGCUGGACUCUGGAGCCAGCCUGCUUGGGCUCAGAUCCCAGCUCAGCUGCGUCCUGCCUCUGUCCUCGGGCAGUCACUUCACCUCUGUGAUUCUGAGUUUCGUCAUCUGUAAAAUGGCUAUAAUAACGUAGUUACUUCAAAGAUGAUGUCACGGAGCCAGCCGUGUUAUUCCGCGAUGCUUUCUUUGGCCAGGGCCAGGUGUUGUUCUGGGUAGUUUACUUACAAGGAGGAUAACAUCCUCACCCUUUUCCACAGGUGAGGAAACUGAGGCACAAGGUCUCAGACAUAGAGCUAGGAGGUGACUGGUUUUCUGCUUACUGCCCCCUCCAGAUUUGCCUCCUCCCCAGAUGGUACGUCAGAAAUAGCGCUUACUGCUAUGGGCCCUAUGGAAGUUACAGAAGGGAUGGGGCAUUUGAGGCAGACCUUGAUAACAUUGAGGAAGAAAGGGUGCGGGAGGCAUUCCAGGCAGAAGGAGCUGUGUGUGCCUGGAGGUAGGAAAGCCUGUCGAUGUCAGCUUCCGGCAACUGGUUUAUUGUGAUUGGAAUAUGGGGUGAAGGGGGGAAGGAAGGUGGAGUGGUGGACAUGGGUGCAUCUUAAGUGUCCUUAAAUGACCCAGUUGGGGAACUUGGCCUCUUUCUUGAAGGCACUAGAGAGCCAUGGAAGGAUUUUGAGUAGGAGAGGGCUGUGGUCAGGUUUGGGCUUUAGUUGCUGUGUGGAGGUAGACCAGAGGGGGAGACUGAGGCUGGGUGCACAGGGGAGGCUGGUGCAGGAACAGAACAGGAGAUGAUGGGGCUGGGCAGGGCCGAGGGAAGGGAAGAGGGACAGUGGAGGUCAUGCUCAGGAGGCCAAGUGGACAGGCCCUGUGUAGGCCUUACAGUCUUGGGAGAAAGAAGGCCGGGGAAAGGCACAAGGAUGGUUGGCUGCCCCUGAGAUAGGGACCUGGGAGGAACAAACAGGUCUGAGGGGAGACAUUGAGGCUUGUUUGGAACACGGUGGGUGUGAGGGGCUAAAGGGACAUCCAGAGGAAUGCGUCAGAAGGUCUCAGGGUGUGGUUGAUGCUGGAGACAGGUGGGGGAAUCAAGGCCACAAGGGUAGGUGUGGCAGCCCUGGGUUGGAGGACGAGAGAACACCAGCCUUGAGAAGUCAGCUUUUUUUUAAUGUUAUUUUAUUUUAAUAUGUUAUGUUAAUCACCAUGCAUUACA